AUAUACACGGGAUCGAACAAUAAAACAAGUGCCUUGGAGCUAGCAUCUAUUAUAAAUAAUGUUUAGAUAAUGUUAAGUGCAUAUAUAGUCUACAUAUACACAUAUAUACGUGCAGAUUAAAUUUACCUAAAACUUUUUUUCUUCGGCCGUUUCAUAAAUUUGGCAUCAGGUUUUAUGAUGGCGAAGCUUGAGGAUUUUACAGAAGUAAUAAGUGAUUAUUUGGAUAAAGGAUUAGUUCUAAUAGUUGCGGAUUUAUUAAGCUUAAUUACGGUGUCAUCUUGUUUGAUAAUCAAAGUACCACAAAUUAAUACCAUAUGCACAAAUAAAUCAUCUAAAGGUAUUAGUGUGGCGGGCUUAUGUUUGGAGCUUUUCAGUUAUACCGUUAUGAUGUCAUACAAUUAUUCAAAUGAUUACGCAUUUUUAUCAUACAUGGAAUAUCCGAUAUUGUUGUUGCAAGAGUAUGUUUUGAUUUACUUCGUUUUCAAGUACCAAGACAUUUUAGGUCGUAAAACACAAAUAAUAGCCGGGUUAUAUGUCAUUACCUGCACAUUGAUUUAUUUAAAAAUAUUUCCAAUAGUGAUUUUAACCUUCUUGGUGCCAUUUUGCACACCGAUUGGCGCUACGAGUAAAAUUUUACAGUUAAUAACAAUUUUAAGGACUAAAGAUGCUAGAUCCGUUAGCCGUACGACAUGGGCUUUAUCAGCUUUCACCAAUAUGACUCGCAUCUAUACUGUUUACGUGCAGUCUCACGAUUGGAUGCUAUUGUCAAAUUUUAUUAUUUCAACUUUUUUAAGUUCCUCAGUAUUUAUUGCGGCUUGGGUUUUCAAAAAGAAGCCAAAGGAAACAUAAAAUUAAGCAAUAUUGUAAAAUAAUAAAUGAUACUUCUACCACUUGAACUAAUUCACUGAUUAUCAUCAUAAUCAAUUCAUAAAUAUUAUAUUCAAUUAUUUUUCAUUCAGUCUUAGAGUCCAGUUAUAUUUGCUUGUUGGAUAUUAAGAGGGAUAUCAUCGUAGAUCUUCAUAAGCGAGUUAAGUUUUCAAACGUAUAUAUCGUUAACACGGUUAAAGACUAAGCCGAAUUAUUUGUUCAUUUUUAAAUAAUAGCCGAAGUCAAAUAUUCCGACUUAUUCAUAUACUUUUUUGUUCAGCAGUUGAUAAAACUAUUUUCUUUCGUCUCAGGAAAUAUAUCCACGAGAAAUUUUAAUUGUUCCUUUAGAAUAUUAUCCAGAAUUGCACGGAUUUAUUGUUUACAAUGUUCCUUUAAACGUAUUGCAGCCCACAAGUAGAGAGAUGACGCGUGGCUAUCAAGUCGACGAGCUCAGAUUUUGAUUUUCCAGCGCUGUAGAGCACGAUUGAUUUUCACGAUUCAUAUGCAGUCGCCACUGUUCUAAAUGCUCGAUCGACAAAGGCGUAACACUUACCGAUCGGACAUAUGACGUCCAGGCAGCGACUACAGCCGUUUCUAUUUCCUCACUUUUUUUCUCGUUAACUAUCACUUUGUUCAUAUAGGUAUGGGCACGUUACCUGAAUGUUUAGAGAAUGUUUAGAUUUGAAUUUAUUGCUAUAACAGAAGUUGUUGUUGUUUAUUAGCAAAUUGCUUCAUUUUCGUUCAAAAAACGUAGAAGAAGCGGGUGCAUUGGCUUCAUUCCGUUAUAUUCUUCGGUUAUGAUCCGCGUAACCAAAUUACUGUACAUAAGAUAACAGCUCUGUAAACAUUAUGCAUUUUAUGCUAUCCGCCAUUUUCCGGAAACUUUGAAUUUUGAGUGUGUGUGUGAGAGAGCGAGAGAGAGAGAGAUCCGCCAAAUCAGCGAAAUUAAUAGGCUUAGGAAGAAUAUUAAAAUGAAUUUUAGUAGAAAAUUAAAAGGAACUUAACACAACAGAAUGAGUUAGGAGCGUUUUUAAGCUUUUUUAAAAUUAUCACUAAAUGAUGAUUUAUUUCAAUUUCGCAGUCAUUUCUACUUGGACUUUUAUCAGAUUCGGUUAUCAUCUUUGUUUUGAAGCAUUAUGGAACGUAUUCACAUAUGUAGGUAUAAUGUGAGAAAAAAAUGAAUUUUUGAUAGUUUUCACCAAUUUAAAUUUCUGUUGUAUAAUAUCGCUUUAAUUGUUUCAUUUUUAUUAAACCAUUAUUAAGAAGAUAACGAAAUACAUGGAUUAACAUGUCCAUAGUUCCAACAAUUGACAUUAGUGGGCUCUUGAGGACUUUUUGUGUAUCUCUUAAUAAUAAAAGUAGUAAUGCUGUUAAUUAGCGGCCAUUUGUAUGCUUGCUCUUUCACUCUCAUUAUUUAUGUCGACAAAGAGCCUGAUAUCAAGAGUUUCUUCACAUGAUGUCGCAUUCUAUCAAACCUUUGCAAAACAAGAAUGUACGUUUUUAAGUGAAUAUGGCCUAUGGUAUACAUAUAAAUGUGUAUGGACGAAAAAAGACCAAACAUCAGGUAUGUGUACAUAGCAAAUACAAUAUGUUUUCCUUUCAUUGUUUAUUUUCAAGAAUUGAAGAAUUCUGUAUUCUAUGUUCGCCAAAUUCUUUGACAAAUUUCAUUAAAAAUCUUCAUAUCAACAAACAUGAAGAAAAUUUCAUUACUACAAAAUUUGUGUUGUAGGUAUAAUACGUCCUUAUCUAAUUGACUUAUUAUUUAUGUAUUUAUUAACAUUUGACAUAUUUCUGUCAUUUCCAUCACAUCUCUGGAAUUUCUUCAUAGCGGAGUAAAAACACUUGAACGUUCUGUGAUGACACUAUCAUCCAUGGUAAGUCUUGUAGAGGAUUUUUUUAGUAUACGUGGAGAGAUAAACAUUACAGCUUUCUUGUCACUGAUCGUAAAUAAUAGUAAUGAAUAAAAUUAAUUAAUCAAGUUAAAAUUGUAUGGCAAUUCCCAUUACCAAUCUGCAGGACAAUUCUGUUCUUGUCGGUACCAUAAUUUUCUUGUACAUCUUCAUCAUUAACGGAAACUAUAAUAUUCCGAAAUUUGAAGCGCUUAAAGCUGCACAUAGCAAGACAUAGCAAAUAUAAUUAUACAAUAAUUAUUUGAAAAUUUAAGAGUUUAUAAGUAAUACGUGUCAAAAAUAUAAAUAUUUGAUUUCAAUUCGACAAUCUAACUUAAAGAGCUCUUCUUCGUAUGCAUCCCAGUUUCCAAUUAACGCCGU